CGGAUAGUGAAUAUAUAUAUAGAUUCUCCAUAAAAGUUUUACAUCAAAUAAAACCAAUUGCUAUUUCGUUCGAUAACCUAAUCGAAUCGAAAAGAGAAAAAUGUCACGCCGUUUGUAACCGGCAUAAUCCAAGAGUACGAUUAUUCAGCAUAAUUUUUUGUCCAUCAAAUUCAAGUAUCCUUGCUGUGAGAUUCGUCGCUGCGAAGCAGUAUACUUAUUCAUGAACAGCAUAGGCGAGACGUGCAAUGAACUGAAGCAACAGUAUGACUCUUGUUUCCACAUGUGGUUUUCUGAAAAAUUCUUGAAAGGAAAUCUGCAAACGUGUAACGCAUGAAACUGAGAGAGGGAGAGAAAGCAAGAGUGCAACAUGGAGCAUUGCAGUGAGUUAAAACAGAAAUACGAUGCCUGUUUUAAUAGUUGGUUCUCUGAAAAGUUUUUAAAAGGCGAUACCAAUGAUUCAGUAUGUGCCUCCUUGCUUAAAGUCUAUAAAGAUUGUGUAGCGAAGGCCAUGAAAGAGCAGCACAUUGAGUUUAAAGAGAUAGAGACGAAUUAUUUAGAAACUGAAAGGGAAAAGAAACCACAUAGUUGACAAGAAAAUGUGCACAUGUACUUGGUUCCUACGUAUCUUCUUUAAAAGUUGUUAACAAUAGGAGUGCAAAUAUUUUGAAUGUUAUUUCUACUUUUUUUUUUUAUGAAACAAUGAUUAAUUAGACUAUUAUAU